AACAACGACAAACUGUCGACACCGCCAUCGAUAGGUCGGAUCACUGGCAGCGCGUCCAUCGAAACGCUGGUACGGGUGGGCAUCGAGAAAGAGCACGGCCUGUCGCCCGACUCCAAGAUGGUUGUGCUCCACGACUUCCAGCCCUGUGUGGACGACGAGCUGGAGGUCCGUAGGGGACAGUUGGUGAACGUACUCUACCAGGAAAACGACUGGGUCUACGUUAUCGCCGCCGACAAUCACUCCGAGGGCUUUAUACCCCACUCGUACUGCGCGCCCGNCCUGUCGCCCGACUCCAAGAUGGUUGUGCUCCACGACUUCCAGCCCUGUGUGGACGACGAGCUGGAGGUCCGUAGGGGACAGUUGGUGAACGUACUCUACCAGGAAAACGACUGGGUCUACGUUAUCGCCGCCGACAAUCACUCCGAGGGCUUUAUACCCCACUCGUACUGCGCGCCCGUCGAGAGCCAUUUGGCCGCUCUGGCCAUGAAUAUCAAGCACAAGAAAAUGCCCCGCAGUAUAGCCGGCGGCGAGUAUGACAACUAUGGGCUGAGCGGUGGGGGUGGAGGUGGAGGCAGUGGUUUUGGUGGCACCGUAUGCGGCGAUCAACUGUCCAUCGCUAAGAGCGCCGGUACGGGCGGCGGCGGGAGUGGAGGCACUCAUAUCGGCGGCAAUCAGUCGGAGUUCGAGUGCUUUCAGGUGCAUAUGUUGGGCGGCGGGUCGGGCGCCGAGUGUCACCCGUUUUUCAAGGACCCCGCGGGCAGGUAUAUAGUGUUGUAUACGUUUAUAGCACGCGAUGAAAACGACGUGUCCGUCGAGAGGGGAGAGUUUGUGACCGUUUUGAAUCGGGACGACCCCGACUGGUAUUGGGUGGUCCGCUGCGAUGGCCAGGAGGGCUUCAUACCAUCCGGUUUUGUGUGUCCGGCCGAUAUGAUACAUGGUUUGUGUGAUUCAUAUCUGUUAUAUCAUGAUUAUUGUCACUCAAACGGUCAGUCCAACACAAAUACGGGCAAUAAUAAUAACGUCGGUCACCACAACACCACUGCACACAUCGGUAUCGUUGGCAAUGGAAGUGGCGGUGGAGGCGGAGGUUUAGUAACCGGAAUGGGAUCGGGAAGUGUUGGACCCGUUAUGAACGGUUCGACAACGAGCGGCACAGGCGGUGGAGGAGGAGGUCAGGCACCCGCUGGCGACCAAUCGGAGCCGCGAUUUCACGGCACAGAACUAGUGAUGCUCUACGACUAUAAGGCACAGGCAUCGGACGAUCUGUCCGUACGGCGCGGCGAUUGGGUUUACGCCGACCUCAACGUCCAGAACGUGGACGGAUGGCUCUGGGCUUUCGCGCCCAAACACCGCAAGUAUGGUUUCAUACCCAAGGCCUACGCCCGGCCCCCAGCCAUGACCUCCCUUUGA